AUGCGGCAGGACACCCCGUUAAACCAGCAGUUCUCAGCUGGCAGGCGGGGAGAGGGCCGCAGCCUCCCGGCAGCUGGCGCGGGCUGGCGGCACCUGCAGGCGGGGCCGCCUCUGUGCCACUGCGGAGGACUUCAGUGCCAGGGAGGAGGGGCUCCGGCGGAUUCCUGCCUCAUGGCCUCGCCCCUCUUCAGAAGCCUGGAGGCGCCCUGUCCGCGUGCCCCGGGGUCUGUGAGCAGGAAGGAGCCCCCGGGCCUGGCCCAAGCUCAGGAAGUUUUCCUGGAGCAACAGGCGGUGCGGGCGGGUCUGGUCUGCGCUCGGGUGGAGCCCGCAGCCUGCUGUCCUGGGAACAGGGCGUCUUCGGGCAAACCUGGAGCUCCUGGCGGCCCCCGAGCGCCCGUGAAGGAAAAGAGGGGCUGGACCCUGAACAGCGCUGGCUACCUUCUUGGUCCACAUGCCGUUGACAACCACAGGUCAUUCCACGACAGGCACAGCCUGGCCGGCAAGCGGGACCUGCAGCCUGAAGACACGGACAGGGCAGGUGGCUUUGACCGGCCACUGCCUGGGGAUGACCGUGUGAGCAAGAUGAUCGACCUCCUGACCUUACUGCAUCUCCGAGAGCCUGGGGCCCUGGAGCCCAUGCUUCCGGCGGCUGUUUCCUCGGAAGACGCGGAGCCGUCAGUCCCGAGGGAGCCGGGCAGUGUCGCCGCGUCCCGGGAAGUGCGGCUGUAAGGGGAUGGGCCGGCUUGUGCCAACUCGCGCCCAGCGACCAGCCCGUCCCCUCCGCUUUGAUGCCAGGUUGUUGUAAUUUAAGGUUUUUCCCUUGUGAAGACUCCGAGUGGCAAAAUAAAAACCAG